ACCACUCCUUUAUCCCUGGUCCCAUCACCAUGGACCUCUCAGGUAAAUACCACUCCUUUAUCCCUGGUCCCAUCACCAUGGACCUCUCAGGUAAAUACCACUCCUUUAUCCCUGGUCCCAUCACCAUGGACCUCUCAGGUAAAUACCACUCCUUUAUCCCUGGUCCCAUCACCAUGGACCUCUCAGGUAAAUAACACUCCUUUAUCCCUGGUCCCAUCACCAUGGACCUCUCAGGUAAAUACCACUCCUUUACCCCUGGUCCCAUCACCAUGGACCUCUCAGGUCAAUACCACUCCUUUAUCCCUGGUCCCAUCACCAUGGACCUCUCAGGUAAAUACCACUCCUUUAUCCCUGGUCCCAUCACCAUGGACCUCUCAGGUAAAUACCACUCCUUUAUCCCUGGUCCCAUCACCAUGGACCUCUCAGGUAAAUACCACUCCUUUAUCCCUGGUCCCAUCACCAUGGACCUCUCAGGUAAAUACCACUCCUUUAUCCCUGGUCCCAUCACCAUGGACCUCUCAGGUAAAUACCACUCCUUUAUCCCUGGUCCCAUCACCAUGGACCUCUCAGGUAAAUACCACUCCUUUAUCCCUGGUCCCAUCACCAUGGACCUCUCAGGUGACCCGGAGGCUCUGAAGAAGAAGAGUUUCACCAUGAAGGAAGGAGUGGACUACAGAGUGAAGAUACACUUUAAGGUUAACAGGGAUAUUGUGUCUGGGCUGAAGUACGUCCAUCUGACCUACAGGAAAGGAAUCAGAGUGGACAAGGCGAUGUACAUGGUGGGCAGCUACGGGCCGCGGGUGGAGGAGCACGAGUUCAUGACCCCGGUGGAGGAGGCGCCCAAAGGCAUGAUUGUCAGAGGCAGCUACCACAUCAAGUCCCACUUCACUGACGACGACAAGACCGACCACCUCUCAUGGGAGUGGAACCUGGGGAUCAAGAAGGACUGGGACGAAUAGAGAGGAGCCUCAUUUCUCUCUCCCUCCUUCCCUCUCCCUGUGUCUCCACCUCUCCCUUUCCCCUUCCUUCCUUCCUUCCUUCCUUCCUUCCUUCCUUCCUUCCUUCCUUCCUUCCUUCCUUCCUUCCUUCUUACCCCUUCUCUCUCCCGUCUCCCCCACUUUCAUCCCUCCUUCCUCCAUCAAGAAGGACUGGGAUGGAUAGAGACCUCAUCCUUCCCUCCAUGCUUCCCUCUCCCUGUGUCUCCCCUCUCCCUCCUUCUCUCCCUCUUCAUUUAGAAGGACUGGGAUGGAUAGAGACCCCAUCCUUCUCUCCAUGCUUCCCUCUCCCUGUGUCUCCCCUCUCCCUCUUCAUUUAGAAGGACUGGGAUGGAUAGAGACCCCAUCCUUCUCUCCAUGCUUCCCUCUCCCUGUGUCUCCCCUCUCCCUCUUCAUUUAGAAGGACUGGGAUGGAUAGAGACCCCAUCCUUCUCUCCAUGCUUCCCUCUCCCUGUGUCUCCCCUCUCCCUCUUCAUUUAGAAGGACUGGGAUGGAUAGAGACCUCAUCCUUCUCUCCCUCUUCAUUUAGAAGGACUGUCUCUCCCUCUUUCUUCCUCCCCCCUCCUCUCCCCCCUCCCUCCAAGGCCCACCUGUAUAAUAGUAAAAGACAGAGGCCGGUAUGAAAGGUGUAAA